CAGUAUCAGCGGAACUGCCCUAUUGCCUUCUACAAUGAAUCACGGACUUAUAUUAGCGACGGACCGGAAGCAGCGUGCACUUAAGGAUUUCGGUUACUGCAUCAUUCUGUCUACUUUUACUAUCAUACAGUCCGUCCAGCAAACAAAGAAGAUGUUGAGAAACGGAGCAGCACAGGUUUUCAGACAGCUGGUCAGACACCAGUCUACAGACACCAGCCUGAUCCUGGAGAGAUCGAUUAACCGUGUUCAGCUGCUGGGCCGCGUGGGGCAGGACCCUGUCAUGAGACAGGUGGAGGGACGGAACCCCGUUACCAUCUUCUCCAUGGCAACCAAUGAGAUGUGGCGCUCCGGGGACGUGGAGACGUCCCCCGCAGGAGAUGUCAGCCAGAAGACGACGUGGCAUCGUGUGUCAAUCUUCAAGCCUGGUCUUAGGGAUGUGGCCUACCAGUAUGUCAAGAAAGGGUCGAGGGUUUUGGUGGAGGGGAAGUUGGACUACGGGGAGUACGUAGACAAGAACAACGUCAGACGCCAGGCUACCACCAUCAUCGCAGACAACAUUGUAUUUUUAAGCGACAACAUUCGAGGGAAGGAUCAAUGAGGGAUGUGGCGAUCUUCAUCUAGGAGGAAGACUGAAGCUCUUUCUGUGUAGCUACUCUAUUGUCUAUAUAUUAACUGACUGUGGAAGAAGCUGUGUGCCUGCUAACUAAAUGGGACAGAACACAGUGUAACACCUCUCUGUUGAUUGUAGUGAAUGAUAGAGGACUAUCUGUCCCAUUAUGAUGUCGGUGAGCGGACGGGCAGCGCCAUUGAGGCCAUCUCCAUUUUGAAGUAGUCAAUUUUCUUAUACUACUUCUAUGAGUUGGUAAACAAACUGAAAUGGUUCAUACUGUCAGCUGGAAUCCGUUGUUUGAACAGGUGUAAAGCCAAGUGGAGAUUUACUGCCACCUGCAGUUAUGGAAUGUUCGCUCGUGAGUGUAAUUCAUUGGCUGAUGCCCUGGAUGGAAUUAUGUGAUCCUUCCUUAACCCAUAGGAGGUACCACCCAGUUGACUACUUCAAAAUGGUGAAAGUCCUCAAUGUCACUGCCCAUACUAAAACAUGCUUAUGGUUACUAAAGUCCUCUCAUUCUCUGAGCGCGCCAGAGUAUACCUAGACAUGGGGUCACAUGUAUGUAUUCUAUCCCCAAAUGUUUGUUACUACUGUAUAAUCUUAGUUUACGUCCAUUUGCGCUACUCUUGUUGCAGUACUACUAAUGGAACUGCUGUUCAAAGCAGAGCGAAGGAUCAGGCCUUAAAGGUGAGCAGUUAGUUGUUUUCCCAGAGAAGCCAGAUAACAGAUGAGAAAUAAAUGGGUGAUGUGUGACUGACUCUCAUCCACAUAAUGCUGUACCCAAAACUAGGAUUAUGUGCCAGUUUCAAAUAGAAUGUUUAUACCACCUGUUUUCAUCUCAGCAUGUCUUUCUGUUCUAUUUUAAAGAUAGAUUGAAACUUGUAACUAUUUGUUUAGUUUUGGUUUCAUUAUACCAUAGUUUUUUUUUUUCCUUCCUGAAAUCAACAGAUUCUCACCUCAAUUCUGUCUGGGCAAAGUUUGUACUCAUGUUGUUUAAUGUACUUGUAUGUAUCAUGUAGGUAGAAUAUAUAUUUUUUCUCCGGUA